ACGCUAUAUAAUAUCUCCCACUCUACAAUCUGCCCUACUUGCCACUCCCUACAACGGACUCGAAAGGGUUCUUCCGCUCAAAGAAACCUGAAAACAUCGCUACCACUACUCAAUGGCCGGCCGAAUACCCCUUCAACAGCUCUCCCGAGCGAGUACGGCUGCAGCAUUUCCAAGCUCGUUCUUUAGCCAACGUCUUCCAGCUUCGAUCGUUGCUGCCAGGAGUUUGGCUACCGCUCCCCCGCUGGAAGGAGCGAAGGGUGGGAGGGGGACGGCAAUCGUCCUAUUGAAUAUGGGCGGCCCGAGCACUGUUUCCGAAGUCCAGGAUUUUCUGUCAAGACUUUUCGUACCCACUCCCCCUCACCACCCACCAUAAUCCCCGCCACACUAACAAUUACACAUAGGCCGACGGCGACCUCAUCCCCCUUGGCCCCCUCCAAAAAUACAUUGGGCCCCUGAUCGCCCGCCGCCGAACGCCCAAGAUCCAAGCCCAAUACAGUGUGAUUGGUGGUGGCUCUCCAAUCCGUCGCUGGUCCGAACUCCAAGCUUCCGAAACCUGCAAGCUCCUCAACAAACUCCACCCUUCAACGGCCCCACACAAGCCCUACGUCGCCUUCCGCUACGCCGCACCAUUGACCGAAGAUACAUUCCUGCAGAUGAAGGCUGAUGGUAUCCGUCGCGCGGUAGCGUUCACGCAGUACCCCCAGUACUCGUGCUCUACCACGGGGAGCAGUCUGAACGAGCUCUGGAGGCUGAGUAAGAAGUUCGACGCGGAGGGGCAGAUUGAAUGGAGUGUUAUUGAUAGGUGGCCGGCGCAUAAAGGUUUCGUGGAGGUGGUUGCUAGGCAUAUCGAGAGGAGUCUGAAGACGUAUGCGGAGGAAGACAGGGGAAAGGUUGUGCUGUUAUUUUCGGCGCACAGUUUGCCGAUGUCUGUUGUUAACCGGGGUUUGCUUCCCCCCCUCGUUAUGAUAUGGGAGGAGAUGAGGUGUUGAUGAUUGUGAUAGGGGACCCAUACCCGGCGGAAGUCGCCGCAACAGUCUACGCCGUUAUGCAACGCCUAAACUUCAAGAACCCCUACAGGCUCGUCUGGCAAUCCCAGGUCGGGCCGUCACCCUGGCUCGGCGCACAAACGAGCAGCACCGUGGAAGAAUACGCGAAAAAGGGCCAGACGAACCUCCUCCUUAUACCUAUUGCCUUCACUUGUUUGUCCCCUUUCCCUUACCCCUUCAUGGGAUAUCACUAACACCCGACACUAGCCGACCACAUAGAAACCCUCUACGAACUAGACCUGGAAAUCAUCGCCGAGAGCAAACAGCCAGGGAUAAAACGUGCUGAAUCACUCAAUGGUGAUCCGUUGUUCAUAGAGGCGCUGGCGGAUAUUGCAAAGACGCACUUGGAGAGCCAGGGCAGGACGAGUGUCCAGAUGGUGCUGAGAUGCCCGAUGUGCAAGAGUGAGAAGUGCGCGGAGCAGAAGGUAUUGUGUCCUCUCUCUCUCUGUGCACCGAUCUGGGUAGGUGCUAACCGAUCUGUAGAAGUUUUUCAUGGGCGGGGGGUGGGUAGAUCAUUGAGCUGGACUAGGUAUGAUAUACAACUUUUUCUUCUUCCUCCUCCUCCUCCUCCUCCUCUCCGUCCAUCAUACUCGAACAUCGCACUUUUUAGAGGUGCCCCACUAGUGGCCAAUCAUGAGUUUAUGUAAUACCUGUACUUGUAGGUUCAAGUGUUUCAACCGCCCUGAUAAAUACCAUAAUUUUUCUUAUUGUUAUAAUACAUAGAACUUUUUGAUAUCCCCCGAACGACCAUCACCCCAGCCCAGCAAAUUUUGCCCCAACGCUAGCCCCAAGACCAAACGUUCACCAUAUCACACA